CGGCGGUAUACCGCAACACUAGAACAGUACCAUAUGUUUUUUGACGUUUCGAACCAAUCGAUGCUGUAACCUAUUGGUGCUAUUGGUUUAAAAUUUUAAGAGUUUUAUCAAUAAAUUAAUUAAAACAUCUAACAACAAUGCUUAUGCUGAGUAGAACAUCGUCUCUAACUAUACGAGUGCUGGCAGCUCGUAUAGCCGGCGCACGCAAUUGCAGCAAAGAUUACGACUCAUCCGAUGAUGAAAAAGAACCAAAAUCAAAACAACAAAAGAAUAAGGACGUGAAAGAGGCUGGAACGCAACCUACAACUACACCAAGUAAGGCUGAUGUGGAAUCUACUGAAGAGCCGGCCAUCACACGCCUAAACCGUUUGCUGGCGAGCAUGCCAACGGAGAAUGCCUAUUCAUUGGCAAAUAAAAAUAACAAUGUAACCUUACCACGGCCAGGUGAUGCACGAAAAAAACGAAAAGAAGAAACAAAACAAGAAAUUGAGUCGAGAGAUAUUUAUGUUGCCGCAAAACGUGUGGCUUCUUUAGCGGGAGAUGGUGAACAAAAACAGCAAAUAGAAUCGGAAUUACUCGCAAAACUACUGGGGCAUAAUCAAGAAGAGAAAGAUGUAAACAAACAGAACAAUGCUGAAUCAAGUAACACAAGUUCAGAAUUAAGUCUAAGCGAACUAAUUGUGGGCAUGAAAAUUGAUCGCUCACAACCACCAAAAGAGUUAAGCCGUGGUGAAUUUGUGCGUCGCUCAAUUGCAGCAAAAACUAAACCACACCAACAACAAGAUCAACAAAGUGUGCAAAAAGAACGUAAACGUGAAGCAGCAACCUAUACUGGCAGUGUUAACUUAUUUGGUUCUGAACCACUGGGCAUUUUCAAAAAUACCGCCGAUUUGCGGGAUGUACCCGAUAUACUCACCACCUGGGCACAUCUACAGAAAAAUGAACUAAAACUGUUAGUAACACAUCCGCCCGCAAAUUAUUUCGAAAAGUUAGCAUUAUGGACGGAACAAGGAAAAGUUUGGCGUUUUCCUAUUGACAAUGAGCAAGACUUAAGUGAUGAAGCGAAUGUAGACUUCUCUGAGCAUAUCUUUCUGGAGCAGCACUUGGAACCAUGGUGUCCAGAAAAGGGACCGAUACGUCAUUAUAUGGAGCUAGUAUGUGUCGGUCUUUCAAAGAAUCCGUACAUAACAGCAAAAGAGAAGAAAGAGCAUAUAUUGUGGUAUCGUGACUACUUUGAAGCGAAAAAGGAUAUACUCAAAGACUUGAUUAGUCAAGAGAAGAAACCAAGCACAAGUGGAGAACAGAAACAGCUGAGCUCAUAAGUUUUUGUUUUGUUGUGCGUUAUGUGCAAAUAAAUAUAAAAUAUAAAAUGUUUUCACAAACUUA